GUAACGCCUCUGGUCUUUAGCUCAACCCCCUCUACAGAGGGUAUAAAAGAUCUUAGAGGAGCUCAAUACAGCACUAAAACUUCUAGUACUUCAGACAAUCUCCUUCUGCAUUUUACUGAAGCUUUACAAUGUUUUUCAGGACAUUGGUUAUCCCGCUGGUCUUUGGAUUAGUGGCUUUCUCCAUUGCUGCACCAAUACAAGUUUCAACAGACAAUGAUGAUACUGGAUCACAGUUGGACAUCAUGGUUGUUCAUUUAAAUGCAGCUCCUCAUGUGAUAGAAGAUCCAGCAGGAACUACAGAUGGCCCUGAUUCAUCAGAGAAACAAACAGGUUCAAGUGACACAACAGAUAAACCAGAAGUCGAUGGCCCUGCUGACACAUCAUCAGAAACAAACAAUGAAAAAAGCAAGGAUGAAUCCACUGACAGACCAGACUCCAAAGACACAACAGAUGGAGAUGAAAAACCAGAUGGAGAUGCGUCAGAACUAAAGAAAGAUGAUUCAGAUGAAAACACAGCCAAGCCAUCAACAGAAGACAGCACAGAUGAUGAACAUCAUGAUGCAGAUUCAAAGGAUAAGUCAACAGAGACGAAUGAAGCGGAGGAUAAAGACCCAGAGGGAGAUAGUGAUGAAAAGAAAGACUCAGACACAUCUGAUGAUACAAGCGAAAGCUCACCAGAAAAAAAAGAAGAUUCACAUGACACGGAUUCAGAUGAAACAGAUGAACAUAACGACUCUGAUGAUUCAGACAAAGCAGAUAAAGACAAAGAUGAAAAGAAAGAAGAUGAAGACUCCAGCAAAGACAGUGACUCGGAUACCGAUGAGGACAAAGACUCCUCUGACUCCUCUGAUGAUUCCUCUCAUGAAGAUUCAGAUGCAAAAGACACAGAAAGCACGGAGAAGAAAGACAAGGACACUGACACCGAUGAAGACACCUCUGAGAAAGAUUCACACAGCACAGAGAAGAAAGACAAGGAUGCCGAUGAAGACACCUCCGAGAAAGACUCAGAGAGCACUGAGAAGAACGAUGAGGACGGCGAUGAAGACACUUCAGAGAAAGACUCAGAGAGCGAGCAAGACACGAAAGAAUCUUCUGACACAUCGGAUGACAAAGAGAGCACUGAAGACAAACACACGAAAGACGACGAUGAGGACAGUGAGAAGAAGGACACCAAAGACAAGCAUGAGCCAAGGGAGACAAGUGACCACAGCAAUAAGGAUGAGGAUAAAGAAGAUGAGUCCAAAUCAGACGAGCAGGACAAGGAAGAUGACGCUUCAAAAGAUGAUUCUGUGAGCAGUCAGUCAGAUGAGAAGGCGACAGAAGACAAAUCUGACGAUGACGACUCAAGUCUGGACUCGGACAGCAAAGACAAAGAGCACGAGAAGAACAGCACCGAGUCCACAGAAAGUGACGGCAGUGACAGCAAGAGUGAUAAAGACAGCACAGAAACAGGAGAAGAAGAUUCCCCAGACAGCGCAUCACUAGAGACAAAGGAAGACUCAAAUGUUGAUUCUCAUGGUGAUCAGGACGGUGUCUCUGUAGCAUCUACUGAGUCAACAGCAAAUGAUGAUGAUGACACUGAUGAUAAAAAGGAUGCUCCAACUAAAGCAGACGGUCAUUUUAAUGGCACAACACAAGGUACUGACACUGUAGAGAUUCUUCAAACAAUCUCUGUGUUGAACAAUCCUCUGGAGAUAAGAAAGAAUGUGAUUGCAUGAAAGAAUUUUCCUAGAGAGACGUAAAAGAAGCAACGAAGAAGGUCAAGAUAUAAAAUGUCACCCCAUUGAUGCCCCCUCUUUCUCUUUGUCAUGUGGUGAAGGUUCCAGGGUUUAAAUAUAUUUUACUGAAUGUGACAGAUUAAAGCUAGGCAGAAGUACUAACUCAAGAGUCAUGCACUGUAAAAAUAUACAGCAGUUUUGUCAAAUCAACAUACAGUAUAUUAACUUAAAAAAUUAAGUUAAACAUUUUCAACUUGAUUUUAUAAGUUAUGUCAACUUUUCACAAGCCAAAACUUAAAAUAGUAGGCUGAAUUGACUUGCAAAACCAAGUUGAUUUAACUUCAUGCUGCAUUUUUUUACAGUGUGGACCUCUUCUGUUUUCCAUGUGGUGUCUUGACAAUGAGAUACUUUUUGUUUAUCUGAAAGACUGCAGCUGCUACAAUGAAAAUGAUUUAUUUGAAAUGUCACACAAUGAUGUUUAACCCACCCAAAAAAUGAUUUAAGACUGUACAGACAAUUUAUAAUAGACUCUUGAAAGAAUACUAAUAAACUAGCAAUGUAAUAGCAGAGAUUGUUUUGAAAAACUGAAACUGAAAAAAAUGUUGUAUAGAUUCAAAGUGGUUUAACAUGUACACAGGGAGCAAACUAAUAAAGGGUUGUCAGGUAAUCCGCGACCAUGACUUUUGGAUUAUUUUUGUGUAAAUUUAAACAUGUGUAGAAAAAUGGCACAUGAAGUUUCUUAUUUUCAACUGUUUCAAUUGUUUCUCUUGAACAAUGAGAUUAAAUAGAGAUGAAUUGCA